ACGACGACUACACAAACUCUUGGGAGUCAUUGUGCCCGAUCCCACAGGAGGUCAUCUCUAAAGCCUGCGCCAUGUGCACGAUGGAUAACUACUUAUUUGUGGCUCUAGGCUGUCAGUGCACAGACAGAGAAAUGAUUCCCUCAAAGCGAGUGUUCUCUUACAACCCUUUGACAUCCAUUUGGAAGGAGAUCAGUCCAAUGAACGUGGCCAGGCCCAAGUGCAAACUGGCAGCUCUGGAAGGCCACGUCUAUGCCAUCGGAGGGGAGUGCCGCUCUUCAGUAGAGCGAUACGACCCACGAUCGGACAGAUGGACCUUUGUAGCAUCGCUGCCAAAUAGCACAUUUGCAGUGGCACACCACGUCACGGCCUGCCACGGUGAGCUUUUCGUUUCUGGGGGGACGCUGAGGUAUUUGCUGCUCCGCUACAGCCCCAAAACCAACUCCUGGAGGACAAGCCUGCUGGUUGGCCGCAAAGCAAGGACGGCAGACAUGGUGGCUGUGGGCCGGUUUCUGUACCGUUUUGAUGCAAACCCCCUGCUGGGUCUCAGCGUGUGGCGCUACCACACCAUGGCUCGGCUGUGGUACGAGUGCAGCUUCAAGCGGCUUCUCCGCUGCCCCGCCUUCCAGUGCACUGUGAUGGACGACACCAUCUACUGCGUCAGCCGGCAGUUCACCAUGAAGUUUGCAGCUGAUGAGAUCUCACCUGCUUUCAUAGCCAAGGAUCUGAGCGUCCUCUCUGCAGCAAAGGGCAUGCUCGUACCCUUUGUCCUUUCUCUCCCCGAUAAGAAUCCCCUCCAGACCAGCGUGUAAUGACGACUCCGUUUUCCGAUGGCGGUGAGAUUAGAUGGUGAUGGAGUAUCCUUACAGGAGCACUUCACAACAUAUUUCUCAAUGACUGAAGGCGAUUUAAUUUUGAUUUCUCUUAUGUAGCUAUUGUUUUGCAAGUCUUUCAACGGUUUCAUUUCCACAAAGUCUCAUUUUGGCACAAUGUAUGUACCGCAGAGAACCGUUUAUUGCUUUAGUCUCAGCAUCUGGCGGUGGCUGUAAAAUACUAGUGUUCUAAUGGUCGUCAAAUUAUUUGUUUAGGUUUACACAGUUUUCUGCCAUGUAAAUGGUUAGUUUCUUUGAUUUGCAACUCCUUACUGCUGUUUCCUUCCUUCUCUAUUACACCAGAUGCCUAACCUCUCUGGU